UCCUGCUGGUCACAGGGACACAAAGAGGCUGAGCUCUUGUCUCCAGGCUAGGGGCUGAUGGCUGUGUGAGACUGUCCCCUGUCACCCCCUGAGCCCAUGUGAUUAUGUAUGAAUGAUGUGUCUGGAGCUGUACUGGGUUGUAGCUGCUGUGAUCUGUGUCAUGCCUCAUCUGGGUUCACUAUUAAAAGUCACUCCUCUCAAAAAUACUUCUCAAACGGAUCCUGUCUCUCCAUGGCAACAGAUGCCCAGUCUUCCACAAGUUGUCCACCCCAGCCAGCUAGUGGGGCGGAUCUCUGGUACAGAGGCCCCAAGAUAUCAGCUGGACACCCGGGUUAGAAGUGAGACCUCUUCAGAACCAGUCUCCCAUCUGGCGCAUGUAAGCUUCUUGGUGCCGACGGCUUGGAAUAAUUUCACCCUUGAUCUGGAGCUCAACCAUCAUUUAUUUUCAUCUGGUUAUGUGGAGAGACAUUACAGUGAUCACAACAACGUAGCUGUAACGACACCAUCUGUAGAAGUUGAUCACUGUUACUAUCAGGGUCAUGUACGAGGUAUGAAAGGUUCAUGGGCAGCUAUCUCCACAUGCCAUGGUCUGCAUGGGACGUUUUCAGAUGAACUGUACACAUACUCAAUAUAUCCUCAAGAACAUAACACUAAGCAAACAGAGCAUUGGCCUCAUAUCAUACAACGUACGAGAAGAUGCCGUAAGCCAGGCUGUAAUUACCAGAAAGAAACCCCAUCAAGUCCCAAGUUUCGCAGGAAAAGACAAGUUCGUCGGACAGUACAUUCUGCUCUAACUGAAACCAAAUACAUUGAGCUUAUGGUGGUAAAUGAUCGACAACUGUUUGAACAACAGCGUCAAUCUGCAGUUCUCACAAACAGCUUUGCCAAAUCUGUAGUGAAUUUAGCUGAUGCCAUCUUUAAAGAACAACUGAACACCAGGAUCAUAUUAGUUGGUAUGGAAACAUGGUCAUCUGGGGACAAGAUAACUGUGAGUGAGGAACCUCUACAAACGUUGAGUGAUUUCAUAAAGUACAGAAACACAGAGAUCCUGGAGCAGAGUGAUACAACACAUCUUUUCUCAGGUCGCACCUUUAAGAGCAUCCGAAGCGGAGCAGCAUAUUUUGGCGGGAUCUGCUCUCUUUCUCAAGGAGGUGGUGUGAAUGAGUAUGGUAGAAUUGAUGUCAUGGCAGUGACGCUGGCACAAACUCUGGGACAAAAUCUUGGAAUGAUGUGGAAUAAGUUGCGUAUGGCAGCUGGUGAUUGUAAGUGUCCAGAUCUAUGGCAGGGAUGCAUCAUGGAGGACACUGGAUAUUACCUUCCUCAAAAGUUUUCCCGCUGCAGCAUUGAUGAGUAUAGUCAGUUUUUGCAAGAUGGAGGAGGCAGCUGCCUAUUUAAUACGCCUCUUAAGCUACUGGAACCUCCUUCCUGUGGGAAUGGAUUUGUGGAAGCAGGAGAGGAGUGUGACUGUGGUACACCUUCUGAAUGUGCCAGAUCUGGAGCAGGAAGCUGCUGCAAAAAAUGCACACUCAGCCAUGAUGCAAUGUGCAGUGACGGGUUGUGUUGUAAACGCUGCAAGUAUGAACCACGAGGGACUAUCUGCCGUGGGCCAGUUAAUGAAUGUGAUGUGCCAGAGACUUGUCCAGGAGAUUCCAGUGUGUGCCCAUCAAACGUACACAAACAGGACGGAUACUUCUGUGACAAUGAUCAGGGAAGAUGUUUUGGUGGUCGCUGUAAGACUAGAGACCGGCAGUGUAAUGCGUUGUGGGGACACAGUGCAUCUGACCGAUUCUGCUAUGAAAAAUUAAACAUUGAGGGAACAGAAAAAGGAAACUGUGGGAGAGAUGGACAGAACUGGGUUCAGUGCAACAAGCAGGAUGUGUUGUGUGGGUAUCUCCUGUGCUCUGAAAUCUCAGGAAUACCAAGAAUUGGAGAACUGAAUGGUGACAUCACAAGUAUGACCUUUUAUCAUCAGAACAAAUAUCUCGACUGCAGAGGAGGGCAGGUUUUGCUCCCAGACGGGUCAUCUUUGGGUUAUGUUGAAGAUGGCACACCGUGUGGCCCCAAUAUGAUGUGCCUGGAUCAACACUGCCUACCUGCUAGUGCAUUCAAUUUCAGCUCCUGCCCAGGAAGUAUCAAUGAAAUUGUCUGCUCAGACCACGGGGUUUGCAGUAAUGAGGGGAAGUGUAUUUGUCACCGAGACUGGACUGGAAAAGAUUGCAGUGUUUAUGACCCGCUUCCCGUCCCUAAACCCACAGGAAUGUUGGGUAAAUACAAAGGUCCCAGUGGUACAAAUAUCAUCAUUGGAUCCAUUGCAGGUGCAGUACUCAUUGCUGCGAUUGUUCUAGGAGGAACAGGAUGGGGUUUCAAGAACAUCAGAAGAGGAAGGUCUGGCGGUGGAUAGGACUCUCUGCCAAGCUAUCGCAAUUUUUCAGUAUUUUCUCUCAUUCCCAUGACACCUGGAAGCCUUGCAAAGGAAAUCAACAAAGGAUGGUGCGUGAGAAGAAGACGGGGAAGCAAGGCAAAAUAUAUAAAAAUAAUAUUUAGCAGAUCUUUCUCCCUGUCUUCCGGAACUGGAGAUAAACAGUUAUCCCUCAGGAAGGAAAUAAUCUCUUAAAAAGAGUUUUUCUAGGGACUUAUUAAGACAAUGGUUAAGAUAUGCUGAAGUUUCAAUUUCUUUAAUAAGUCCUACUUGCCAUAGUAAAAUAAUUCAUUUUGUAUAAUGAAAGACUAACCCAGUAAACCUAACAUUGUCAUUAAUACACUUAGAUUUUAGUAGGGAUCGCCCUCUUAAACAUGUCACUGCCAUUAAUACACUAUGAUCCUAGGAGGGACUGACCCCUUAAACAUGUCACUAUCAUAUGUACACUUUGAUUUUUGUAGGGACUAAACACUCAAAUAGUCUCUUCUUUUAUUAUUCGUUGGUCCUAAAAAUGACUAACAAGUAAAAAAAUUGCAGCGCUAAUUUAAGCAAAACAAAAAGCCCCUAAAAGCCCUAAGACAUGUUACGGCAAUUAGCAUACUUUUGUUCCCAUUGGAGACAGUCCUUAAACAUAUUACUGCCAUUAGCAUGCUUGAUUUUAACAAGGACGGCUCCGUAUACAUUAUUACCAUUAUAUAUUGCUUCAUUUAGUCACAUUAGUACAUGCCAGUCCUUUCAGGAAAUGGCCCUUAAACACUGCCACUGCAUGGAUUGAUCUCUUAAGCAUGUUAUUGCCAUUAGUAUACCAUAGUGCAAAUUUGGACACAUCCCUUAACAUGCCACUGCACUUAGUACAUUUUGGUCCAGAGGGACUAACCGCUUCAACAUGCCAUUGCUGUAACUAGUAGCUGUUGGGCUCGUAAAAUACAAGGCAAAGGCCUCUAUUUCCACACCAUAAAAUAUUCAUACAUAUAUGUACAGAGCACACCAGGUGCACUUAUAGCCAGUUUAUGAAUAAUGUACUCAAGAAAGUAAGAAGGAUUGGUACUGGGCUGGUGAAGUUGAAAGACAGGGGCAGGAAAAGCAGUAGAAAAAAGGAACAGGGAGUUAUAUUAUAAUAAACAUCAACUUUUUAAGCACUCUACCUUUCAACUACCGUCCUCUAGCAGCCUGGUCACACAAUAUAAAGUACACAUGAUUUGUAAUAUACAGGCCACCCCCAACAAGGGAAAUUGAUGACAGCCAAGCCAGUUUGGGUCUUUAGAUAUUUGGGCUAAUAACAGCUGCAAUACCAGUAGGUAUGCUUGCGUUCUAACAAAAAUCUACCUUUAAAAUGUCACUGCCAUUAUCAAUUUGUGUCUUAAGUAAUACAGACCGCUUAAACAUAUCACUGCCGUUAGUAUACUUUUCUACUAAGUAGGACUGGCCUGUUAAACAUUUAUCAACCAUUUAUACACUUUAGACUUAUAAAGUACACACCCCUUAAACAUGUCACAAUCAAUAGUGCACCUUGGUCCUAGCAGGAAAAGAGCUCUGAAACAUGCCACUGCCAUUAGUACUCUUUGUUUCAAAGAUGAACUGACCCUGCAAUAGGGUAUGUUCACUUCUAUUAACAAGAGGUAUAAACCAGGGUUGUCGAACCUAAGGCUACAAUGCUAUGCUCAAGUAAUUUUAAUCUUACUCCACUAUUCCACUAUCAUUCUACAUCUGCAACAAAUGACUCUGCAGCUGAUUUAUGCCCCCUCUGUUUUUGAGUCUGUAUUUUUAUGUGUAGGCUUCUGGCACUUGGCUUGCUAAAGGAGUUUCUGUUUUAAUUUGAUUUAUAUAGUAGUAUAUAUAUAUAUAUAUAUAUAUAUAUAUAUAUAUUCCAUUUGCACAAUUACUCAGAUCGGAAAAAACAAUUAAUCCCAGUUUGGCCUCUCAUGUAAAAUGGUUGGACACCCCUGGUUUUUACAUUUUUAACACUGUUAAAAUGAAUAAUAAGUUAACUCACUAUGACUCCUGCUUACUAUGUGAGCAGGACUUACAAUUGAAUGGUAUGCUUUUAUUGAAGUAGAAAAUGUAAACAGGAGAUUAUCUCGAAGGCACUAAAAUAUGCUCACCUCCUAUUUGCACUAACUUAGACAAGGAUAAGGUGGUAAAUAUAAAAAUAUGUUUAAAUUUAGUUGAGCUGUGGAGUGGAUAAAGGUGCCAUAGCAAUGUCACAUAAUACAAGAGAAUAUGCUAAGAAUGUGUUAUAGCAAGAUAUAGGACAUUCAUUUUGAAAAACCUAGAUAUAGUUUACUGGGAAAAUCCACAACAGAGUGUGUAUUUUCAGUAAUCAAUAUUUUUUUGUAUUCCUAAAGCACAGUAGUUUAAGAAAUGUCCUGUAAAGAUGGAAAGGAGACUCAGGUUAUGCUCUAACAAGACCUCUUCAAGUCACAAUACAUGGUUACCCACUGUUACUUUGCAUUGAAUAUAUCAUCCUAGGUUACAACUUGUUAAUGUCAAAUUUCCAGUAUGUAGAAGACAAUAUUCUGUAAUGGCACAAAUUGCUCAUAAUACUGAGAUAUUGAUUGCCUUACAAAUGCACUUGCCAUGUAUACUAUGACAGCAUUGUAUAUGGGAGAGGGCUGACAGCACAUCAUCUGUUUUGGCCUUAACUUGGUUAAUUAAUAUGUCUAGAGAUGGACUGGAAAUACAAGUUAAAGCAUCAAUAAAGACAUAUAUAGUUUAUCCACUGCGACAUCCAAAAACACCACUUAACAGUAUACUGAGAACAUCAUGCAAAAGCAAAGGGACAUUGCCAUCAUCUGUACUGAUUAAUGGAUACAAAAAAAGAAUUUUAGGUUUAACAUUUAAAAGUAAAUAUUGAAAUCUAUUGGUUUAGUACAUUAAAAUGCAGUAUAAUGCCUUUUCCUUAUCUGGGUUCCAGCUGAGGCUGACAGUUGCCUACUGUGCUUAUGACCACAUGGCACAGUAGCCUAAUGCUUCGCAUACAGGUUGCAGCCUCUCCCAGACAUGUAAGUUUUACAUAAAAAGUUCAAAUAUUUAUGAAAUGCUGCAUCUGAAACAAGUUAAUGAUAUGCUUGGUUUUGUAUUUAAACUAAUCAUUACAGUUGAUAGAUGUAUUCCAUUUCUGUAUUUGAGAUUCUAGAAAGUAUGUCAGAAGUAAAGCUUAUUUCAACUCCAAAGAACCUAAUCAUUGUGUGCAUAAUGGGUUCUUCCUAUAGCACAAGCAGAUCUCUCACAAAAAAUCAUGAGUCAAAUCUUCAUAGUGCAUCCACUGAAUGAGACGAUUACACUGUAUUAUGGAAUCUGAAUAAUAAAGGAGGAAACCUAUUCCUAUUAAAUAGAUCUCACUACAGAAGGGAUAGAAUGCUACAGUCUAGAAUGAAAAGAUAACUGCUGGAAAUGACAGAUGUACAAUUAAUCUCUGAGGAAAACAGACAGUAGUGCAGAAUACAAUCUCUAAAGCUUGUGAAUUGCUGGACAAGAUAAUAUUAUCUUGUUCAUCAAUAUCCAUCUUUUUUUUUUUUUUUGUUACUUAAAUCAUUUAACCUCAUAACUUUGUGUUGACUUUGACAAAUGGACCCUGGAAAAGUCAGACCACCCAAAGCCUACUUAACAGAAUAAUGCUGUAUGUAUAGUAGAAUAAAGGUGCAUUUGAUUGUACAACAGGUAUUAUAACAAGCUUUUAACUUUUCACUUCUAUGUGACUUUACUCAGAAACGCACUGGGGUCUCAAAAUAUCUUUUAAUAAAAAAAGCAAAUUAAAUGAAUGUGCUAAACUAA